ACUUAUUAAUCCCUACAAACUUUUCAAUAACCACACAACCUUCCAUUUGGCUUAUUUAUUUUUCUAACUAAUAUUAUUUUUAUAUUGUAAUAAUCCAUAUAUACACACUACUAGUUCUUAAAAUCCCAUGUUGAGUUUCAUCAUCACAUCCAUUAUAUAUCUCUACUAGUUACAAAGAAGUACCUCUCCCAGGCCUCCCUCUAUCACUACUACUAAAGAGCUCCGCCGGAAUCAUUUUCCGGUAACAGCACGAUGGACGGCGCCGGGAAGACGAAGAAAGAACACGGCGGUGAUGAUGAUGAUCAAGAUCAAGAAGAUACUAAUAAAAAUCAAAACCAAAACAACAAAGUUUCGUUACUGAAACUCUUUUGUUUCGCGGACUUUUACGAUUACGUUUUGAUGAGCAUUGGCACAGUUGGAGCCAUUAUUCAUGGCGCUUCGGUCCCCAUUUUCUUUAUCUUCUUUGGGAAAUUGAUAAACGUUAUAGGAAUGGCUUAUCUCUUCCCCAAAGAAGCUUCUCAUAAAGUUGCUAAGUACUCGUUGGAUUUUGUAUAUCUAAGUAUAGCUAUAUUGUUUUCAUCAUGGACAGAGGUGGCUUGUUGGAUGCAUACUGGGGAAAGACAAGCAGCAAAAAUGAGGAUGGCAUAUUUGAGGGCAAUGUUAAGCCAAGAUAUCAGUCUUUUUGACACUGAAGCUUCUACUGGAGAGGUUAUUUCUGCCAUUACAAGUGAUAUUAUUGUAGUUCAAGAUGCACUUUCUGAGAAGGUGGGUAAUUUCUUGCAUUACAUUAGCCGAUUUGUGGUGGGAUUCAUAGUUGGGUUUGCGAGAGUUUGGCAGAUAAGUUUGGUGACUCUGUCCAUUGUCCCAUUAAUUGCACUUGCUGGCGGUGUUUAUGCUUAUAUUGCCACCGGUCUUAUUGCUAGGGUUCGAAAAUCUUAUGUCAAGGCUGGUGAGAUCGCUGAAGAGGUAAUAGGAAAUGUGAGAACGGUCCAAGCAUUUGCAGGAGAAGAAAAGGCAGUGAAAAUAUACACUUCAGCACUGGCACACACAUACAAGUACGGAAGAAAAGCAGGCCUUGCCAAGGGUUUGGGCUUGGGCUUCAUGCAUUGUACCCUUUUUCUUUCUUGGUCCUUACUUGUGUGGUACGUUAGCAUUGUUGUCCACAAGAGAAUCGCCAAUGGGGGAGAGUCUUUCACAACCAUGCUUAAUGUCGUUAUUGCUGGCCUGUCAUUAGGACAGGCAGCUCUAGACAUUUCUGCAUUUGUUCGAGCUAAGGCAGCAGCAUAUCCCAUAUUCGCCAUGAUAGAGAGGAACACAGCAAGCAAGUCCAGUGCCAUGUCUGGCCGAAAGCUAGGCAAACUUGAGGGACACAUCCAAUUCAACAAUGUAUCCUUUAGUUAUCCGUCCAGGCCUGAUGUAACCAUCUUCAACAAGUUCUGUCUAGACAUUCCUUCUGGGAAGAUUGUUGCUCUUGUUGGGGGAAGUGGAUCUGGCAAAAGCACAGUCAUUUCCUUGAUCGAACGAUUCUAUGAACCUCUUUCAGGAGAGAUACUAUUGGAUGGGAACAAUAUCAAAGAGCUUGACCUCAAGUGGAUGAGGCAGCAAAUUGGACUAGUUAAUCAAGAGCCUGCUCUCUUUGCAACAAGCAUUAGGGAGAAUAUUCUUUAUGGGAAAGAAGAGGCUUCCCUUAAUGAGAUUACUCGUGCUGCUAAACUUUCAGAGGCUAUAUCUUUCAUAAAUAACCUCCCUGAAAGAUUUGAAACUCAGGUUGGUGAGAGAGGUAUACAGCUUUCUGGUGGACAAAAGCAAAGGAUUGCCAUAUCACGAGCUAUAGUGAAGAAUCCAUCUAUUCUUUUGCUCGAUGAAGCUACAAGUGCUCUUGAUGCAGAGUCAGAGAAGAGCGUGCAGGAGGCACUUGACCGUGUCAUGGUGGGACGAACAACUGUCGUAGUUGCUCAUCGUCUUUCCACCAUUAGAAAUGCAGACAUAAUAGCUGUUGUUCAAGAGGGAAAGAUAGUGGAAACAGGGUGCCAUGAGGAACUCAUUUCAAAUCCAAACAGUGUCUAUUCAUCACUUGUUCAACUCCAAGAAGCAGCACCUUUGCAGCGCAAUUCCUCCAUUGGUUCUAACUUGGGACGCCCACCAAGCAUUAAGUUCUCACGGGAAUUAUCACGCACAACAACUAGUUUCGGUGCUAGUUUUCGAUCUGAUAAAGAAUCGAUCAGUCGUAUUGGUGCUGAUGGAACUGAGAAUGUAAAGACAGCAAAUGUUUCAGCAAAAAGGCUGUAUUCCAUGAUUGGACCAGACUGGCUUUAUGGGGUGUGUGGUACUGUCUGUGCUUUUAUUGCUGGAGCUCAGAUGCCUUUAUUCGCUCUUGGUAUUUCACACGCUCUUGUGUCAUAUUACAUGGACUGGGAAACAACAAAACAUGAGGUAAAAAAGAUAUCCAUACUCUUCUGUGGUGGGGCAGUUAUAACUGUCAUUGUUCAUGGCAUAGAGCAUCUUUGUUUUGGUACAAUGGGAGAGCGUCUUACUCUCCGUGUGAGGGAAAGAAUGUUUUCAGCCAUGUUGAGGAAUGAGAUUGCAUGGUUUGAUGACACAAACAACACUAGUUCAAUGCUUUCAUCACGUCUUGAAAGCGAUGCCACUUUGUUAAGGACAAUUGUUGUUGACCGCUCCACAAUUCUAUUACAGAAUGUAGGUUUGGUUGUGGCCUCAUUUAUCAUAGCUUUCCUCUUGAACUGGAGGAUCACACUUGUUGUCUUAGCUACAUAUCCUUUGGUCAUUAGUGGUCACAUCAGCGAGAAACUCUUCAUGCAAGGCUAUGGUGGCAACUUGAGCAAAGCAUAUCUAAAAGCCAACAUGCUGGCAGGUGAGGCUGUGAGUAACAUCCGAACUGUUGCUGCAUUUUGUGCUGAGCAAAAGGUCCUUGAUCUUUAUGCUCGAGAGCUGGUUGAGCCAUCCAAGCGUUCAUUCACUCGUGGCCAGAUUGCUGGAAUCUUUUAUGGUAUUUCCCAGUUUUUCAUCUUUUCAUCCUAUGGCCUUGCCCUAUGGUAUGGUUCUGUUUUGAUGGGAAAGGAGCUAAGUAGCUUCAAAUCUGUCAUGAAAUCAUUCAUGGUUUUGAUAGUGACAGCUUUAGCCAUGGGAGAGACUUUGGCAUUAGCUCCUGAUCUUUUAAAGGGGAAUCAAAUGGUUGCAUCGGUGUUUGAGGUCUUGGACCGAAAGACAGAAGUAAGCGGGGACACAGGAGAAGAAUUAGCAUCAGUUGAUGGUACAAUUGAGCUAAGGGACAUCCAUUUUAGCUACCCUUCAAGGCCAGAUGUAGAGAUUUUCAAGGACUUUAAUCUAAAAGUUCGUUCAGGCAAGAGUAUGGCCUUAGUGGGGCAAAGUGGAUCAGGCAAAAGCUCAGUAAUUUCUAUCAUUCUCAGGUUCUAUGAUCCUACAUCCGGGAAGGUUCUGAUCGAUGGGAAAGACGUCAAGAGACUAAAGCUCAAAUCACUUAGAAAACACAUUGGUCUGGUGCAGCAAGAGCCGGCACUUUUUGCUACCUCAAUCUAUGAAAACAUCCUGUAUGGAAAAGAAGGAGCUUCUGAAUCAGAAGUGAUUGAAGCAGCCAAGCUUGCCAAUGCUCAUAGUUUCAUCAGUGCCCUCCCUGAAGGCUACUCAACAAAAGUUGGCGAGCGAGGUGUUCAACUGUCUGGUGGCCAAAGGCAAAGAGUGGCCAUUGCAAGAGCUGUCCUAAAGAACCCUGAAAUCCUUCUACUAGAUGAAGCUACCAGCGCUCUUGAUGUUGAAUCUGAGCGCGUGGUUCAACAAGCUCUAGAUAGACUAAUGAAGAACAGGACAACAGUCAUGGUUGCUCACAGAUUGUCAACAAUAAAAAAUGCAGACCAGAUUUCUGUCAUACAGGAUGGAAAGAUCAUAGAGCAAGGGACUCAUUCAACUCUUAUAGAUAACACAAAUGGACCUUAUUAUAAGUUGAUAAACAUUCAGCAACAGCAGCAAUAGUAAAAAAAAUAAAAGAUAAAGAGCAUAUUAUUUCAAUUAUAUAUAUAUAUAUAUAUGGAUAAGAAGCUUUGUUUAAUACUUAUCCUUGUAAUAUAAGCUUCUCUUAUAUUUUUUCUUUACCAAAAAUAUUGACUUAUUAAUUGGGGAAAUUGUUUCUUUAUGAAUAAUAAUGUACUCUGAGUCUCUGAUCAGAGAACACUGUAAAAAUAUGAUAUUGAAUUUUCUA